AAACCAAAACUUUCCUUACGCUGCUGUUUUGUUUGUAAUUUCGUUUUUCGGAACACAGUGUUAAAUAAGUCUGAAUAUAAGCCAACAUAAUAAUUUAGAGUUGCACUUGGUCGUUGCCCACAGAGCAUAUAUAGACAAAAAAUUCAUAGCAAAAUUAUAUUUCCUGAGAAGUGUCGUACCAACAACAUAUUGAUAUUUCAUUCCAUCCGAACCUCCAAGACUUAUUAAAAUGCUACCCCGCCCAACACUUAAGGAUUUGCAAGAGAUAUCCGAGGAAUAUAACUUAAAUAUUUCCGACGAUAAGUUGAGUUUUUACAUGAAAGCCAUCGAACAUAAUUUGGAAGGUUUAAACGAAGUAAAUGCAUGGAAAAGUCCUCUCGACGACAAAAGGCUUAAGUAUGGAAAUCGGCCGUUUCAUCGUGCCACACCGCAAGAAAAUCCGGACAACGCAUGGCAUCACAUAUGCAAUAUAAAGGGUGGUCAGAAUGAAGACCAAGCUCAGCUACUAGCAGACAAAAAACUUGCCAUAAAGGACAACAUCUUCAUUGGAAUGGUACCGUUGAUGAAUGGUUCGAGAACACUGGAGGGAUUCGUGCCCGAAUGCGAUGCCACUGUUGUUGAACGCAUUUUAAACCAUGGAGGCACAAUUGUUGGUAAUGUGACAUGUGAAAAUUUGUGUUUAAGUGGUGCUAGCUUCAACACAACGUACGGACCUGUAAGGAAUCCAUGGAAUACCAAUUAUUCAGCAGGCGGAUCGAGUUCUGGUAGUGGUGUUGUGGUGGCUGUAGGUGAUGUAGACAUGGCUUUGGGUGGAGACCAAGCUGGAUCCAUUCGAAUUCCAUCUAGCAGUUGUGGUAUUGUAGGACUCAAGCCUACGUACGGAUUGGUUCCUUAUACAGGAAUAAUAUCGAUCGUUCGAGCAAUAGAUCAUGUUGGACCAAUGGCUCGAAACGUAACAGAUUGUGCUCGAUUGUUAACAGCGAUUGCUGGUUUCGACGAUGGUAAGGACGAUAGACAACCAUCGACUGGAUUCCAACCAACGGAUUAUCUGGCUGAGGUCAAUGCAGCUAGGUCUGGCGUUCUAAGAAUUGGUAUUUUAAAGGAAGGAUUUCAAGGAUGCGAUGACGUAAUCAUCGAUUGCAUUCAAAAUGCAAUUGAGUUGAUUAAAUCGUCUAAUCAAUUUGCGGAAGUGACAGAAGUAUCCGUUCCAGAUCACUCGAAGGCUUCAACACCGUUUUUUUCACCCAUUCUAUUCUACGCCACUCAGGAUCAAUUGAUCGAUGGAUGCGGAUACGGCACUUCAGUCAGUGGUGUCCUGUCGAGUGCUCUGUCUGAAAAGGUGUACGAUGGUUUGAGGUCACAUGGGCGUACACUUCAUGACCUAGCCAAGCAGCUUAUCGUAUCAAGCGCUUACGUAAAGAAGUAUUGUGGACAUGCGAAGUACACGAGCUAUGCAAAGGCUCAAACCUGGUUUUGGCAUAUCGGCAAAGCUUACAAUAAAGCAUUGGAAAAGGUCGAUGUGCUACUGAUGCCUACGUUGCCGAUAUUGCCUGUUAGAAUACCUUCCCCCGACGCACCUAUAAGAGAAGUGAUGGCUGCAGCAGGUGCUAAUUUGAUUAAAAAUACGGCUCCAUUUGAUUUAACACAUCACCCGGCCAUUACUUUAAAUGCUGGAUACGACAAGGUAACUAAUUUGCCUAUCGGUUUACAAUUGGUCGGAAGAUUAUGGGAUGAUGCAACAGUAUUGAAAUCGGCUAAGUUGAUCGAGGAUUCCUUGGCUGAACUGCAGAAACCAUUUAGUUUCACUAUUUGAUUUUGGAAGCUUGCGAACAAUAAAGAAUUUUUUUACGGAAUGGAAGAACAGACGCUUCAUUAAUCUUAAAUAUAACAGCAAAAUGUCAGU